AUGCCGCUCCACCACGGAUCUCAUGGUCUUCGACGAAAGUCUAAGAAAGAUGGAAGGAAAAGCACCUCGUCAACAGUUUCUACUAUUAGCACACAGGCUGGUCCUGCUGAAAUUUCGAAACAUUUCGAAAGAGCCGAUUCUCCAGGGCAGGACCAUGCGUCCAAAGAACUCUUGAAACCACAAGCGGCUUCUGCAUCAUCGCCGAAUAACCCCGCCGAAUCGGAGAAAAAGUCACCUAAUGUCUUUGAAUUCUUGGACGACAGUAGUAGUGACUCGUCCUCAUCAUCAUCGUCGGAACCCGAUGAUGACGAACCCACGCCCCCGGUGCAGGCGCAGGCUACCACGAAGAUACAGUCCCCUCAACCUCGGACUGCUCCCUCGCCUUUACUGCUGUCCGAACCGGAGAUAUUACCGACCACGAUUAAGCCGUCAUCGACCGGGAAGUCCAGGAGACCUAGUGACUCACGUCCACCUUCAGCGCCGGCCCCUCCUCCCACCGAGAGUCAAAUGCAAAUGACACGCAAACAACCGCGUCCUAGGAAAUCAUCUGCUAGGGAAUACAAAUCAACAGGCCCUUCACCUCUUCCCGCCAAACGCCAAUUGCAAAUCUCGCACCCUGAAGACUACUAUACCUCACGAAACACAUCUGUUGUUAACCGGCAAUCGCUGCCACCGUCCCCGCCGAGCAGCCCAGAGGAUAGCCACCACCGCGGCACACCAACGAGACGAAGAGACUCGAGUGCCUUGCAGGUGUCAUCGGGUUACGGACUUGUUGCAUCGCAGCUCACCCGCUCGAACACCCAGGAAAAGGCUGGGUUCCCGCCGCUAUACCGUCGCUUCGAAAGCGUGAACCACCGCGUGCUACUUCAUCUGCAAGAUGAAAUCGCCCAAAUGGAGGAAGAACUUCACACUCUUGACGAGUAUGAGGAGAUGCAUCGCAUCGCUUCCGCCGAACAAGAAGGGAUCAAGCCUGUGCCUGCCUCUCGCCGCAUGGAGGUCCAGUCGCAGUCAUAUUCCUCUCUGCAUUAUCGACGCAUGGAUCUCCUGGCUGCUCUGACCCAUAAAACUGAGCAGUAUACUCAUACAGCAAAGUCCUACAGACUCUCCCCCCGAGCCUCAGAAGACGACGUGCAAAAUUACCGCUCCUGGAUGAAACACCACAACCCUAUCGCUGCCGCCGAGACCCGCUUCCUGGACCAAGAUGCCGACCUUGUCUCUCUCACCCCCCCGCUUGGCAGCAUCCGCCGCCGCCGCGCCUGCCGACUCGUCGUCGUCACAGUUGUCGGAGGCGCAGCAGCAGCCAUUGCAGCGAACUACUCUGCCGGUAUUGAUACUUUGGUCGAUUCACGCGACGGCUGGAGAUGCGCUACAAUCUACUUCGGCUUCAUGACCUUUGCUGCCAUGUUCAUACCUUAG